AUGAGUACUGCACCCCCAGAUCAUUUCGACUAUGAUUAUGUAGUACUCGGAGGAGGUAGUGGUGGUAUGGCUUCGGCUAAAAAGGCUGCGUCAUAUGGUGCCUCAACCUUACUAUGUGAUUUUGUCUCACCUUCUAUCACUCGUGGAACCAAAUGGGGUCUUGGUGGUACAUGUGUUAAUGUUGGCUGUAUUCCGAAGAAGUUAAUGCAUUAUACUGGCACUUUGGAAGGCCAAUUACGUGAUGCCAAGCAACUGGGUUAUACUGAGAUCCCCGAGAAGAAGGCUGGUGAUCACUAUCAACAUGACUGGAACACAAUGGUUUCGGACAUACAGAUGUAUAUCAAGAAACUCAAUUUCAUGUAUAGGACAGGCCUGAGGAACGGAGGGGUUGAAUAUGAGAAUGCCUGGGGAUGCUUUGACCCUGAGGCUGGUCCACACACUGUUAAGCUUACCAACAAGAAGGGAGAGGUUCGAACAGUUACUGCUAAGAACGUACUCGUUGCAACUGGUGGCAGGCCUCGAAUUCUGGAUAUUCCUGGAGCUCGGGAGCAUGGUAUCACCUCGGAUGAUCUAUUCUCUCUCCAUACACCACCAGGAAAGACUUUGGUAAUCGGUUCCCGAUACAUUGCUCUUGAGU